AUUUUGUUGCUUGAGCGAAGUUAAAUGUUUGCAACUUGCGUUACCUUGACUGUCAUUUUAUACAUGAAGGAGAAAUGUGAUUCGGCUGUGUGCAUUCAGAUGACUGCUCAGGUAACGAUUUGUUGCUUUCGUGUUACUAAAUAAAUGUGAUAUAUAAACACAGCAUACCCAGACAUUUCGUUUACUGCUCUCAUUGGGAAAUUAUACAAUUAUAUUAAAAUCAGUGUUAUUUUUAUGUAAAUCCAAGGAUAUUAACCAGUUGGGGACAGUUUUGUCAACCUAGUUAGUUGCCAGUUACAUGCAGAAUGAUAGUGAUUGAUUGAAUUGUUUUCUUUGCAAAGAGGCUAUACCAGUUGUGAGGGCUGUCAUUAACAAUAACAGGUCACUGCCCCUGUACUCGAACGCAUGCGCGCGUUCACCAACAAAGAGAGAGAGGAGGGGCGAGGGACAGAGCCUGAGGAGCCUGAGACACUACUUCGUUAGUGCACGCGUGCAUGCGUUCGAAUACGUGUCACCUGUGAAUGACAGCUCUGACAACUGGUCUAGCUUCUUAGUAAUGAAGUGAGAACAAGAAGAGAGCGCUAGGGAAAGAGAGCGCUGGAGAGACAGAGAGAGAAAGAUCGAGAGAGGGGGAGAGACGAGACGAGACAACCACAACCUUGUACUGGUGGAGCUGUAUAGAUUAUGGCAUCCUCCAUCCUUGCAGGCUACCGCAAAUUUCACGAGACUUCUGAUCCACGUACUAGAGACUGGCCAUUAUGCGGUUCUGCAGUACCCAUUGCCAUUCUCACCGUCGUGUACCUUGGCAUGGUGUACUUUGGUUCGAAAUGGAUGAAGAAUCGGCCUCCAUUCUCAUUGACAAAGCUGUUGAUAGUCUAUAAUCUGGCACUCACAGCACUCUCCGGCUAUGUGUUCAUCGAGCUUUUGCUGAGUUCGUGGAGAGCAGCUUACAGUUGGACAUGUGCUGCUUACACUGUUAAGCCAAUAGAGGCUAGGGUGGUCAAUGUGCAAUGGUGGUACUACAUCUCCAAGGUGAUUGAGCUUGCUGACACACUGUUCAUGGUGCUGCGGAAGAAGAACAGACAGAUCACGUUCUUGCACGUCUACCAUCAUUCCUCCAUGUUUGUCAACUGGUACUUUGUCAUGAAGAUCGCUCCUCAGGGAGAAGCCUGGUUUGGAGCUUCCAUAAACAGCCUGGUUCACGUGCUCAUGUACUCAUAUUAUGGUCUGUCGCUUGUGCCAUCCACCCGCAAGUACCUGUGGUGGAAGGAAUAUCUAACGAGAAUACAACUAAUCCAGUUCUUUAUCGCAUUAUUUAAAGCAGGCGUAGCUCAGUACGUGGGCUGUGAUUAUCCAGUGGCACUCUUUUACACACUUUGGAUGUACCUCUUCACAAUGAUAGUGCUCUUCGCCAAUUUCUACAUCCAGAGCUACAUGAAGAAAGCACAGUUGACAGAUGGCGCCACGAGGCAGGACUCUAACAACAAUACUAAACAUAUCAUUCAUCAGAAUGACACACUCAACAAUAACCUUCCCUCUGUGAAGAAGUCCGAUUAGGUGGCACCCCCAGUCGAUGGGAGCCACACUGUCCGAGGACACGAUGCAUUCUGAAACGUUUGGUCGAAUUAAUUUUAUUGAUCCUGGCAAGUCUAGGAAAUGCAUUUGUUUCUUGUUAAUUUAUUUUUGAAGGGUGGUGUAAAAAUACGGCAUGUUCCACUUCGUCAUAGUGUAUUAAAGUGCUGUAUUACUAUGUAGUGUUUUCAUAUGCAAUUAUUGUAAAAUCAUGUUGUAGCUUUGGCAAACUGGCUCCAAAUUAUCACCCAACAAGAAAGUGAUAGUACUUAUUUUAACUAUGCUAAGUUCUACUUUGUUAAUGCUGAAGAUGAAGCACUUUUAUGCCAGGCAUGAACAUCAUAGCAGUAGUUUUACUACAGUGGGGCCAAUUUAACAUGAACAUUUUUUCAAAGCUUAAUUACCAUGGCAUGGAGCUAAUAUCAUAUGGGGUAUGUACGGAAAUCAUUCUUUUUUUGUAUGGAUAAUUUGUAAUGCCUGAUGAAAUUACCAAGAGGAGUGAUAGAUUUUGAGAAAAAGGUGAUAUAAAAAUAUAGAUGAGUUCUAUAUAGAAUGAUAUCUAAAUGUUUUGGUGUGAAAAGCGUGUAUGGUACUGGUAUUGGUAAUAGAAAUGUUAUUGAAUUUAAAAAUAGUACAUCGUAAAUUCCUUCUGAUGCAAAUUUUUUUCGGACAUGAUUUUAUGGCUCCUGAUAUGAAAAUAUUUUUACAGAACGAAAAUAAUUCCUGACAUUGAAUUUGAAAAUAGUACAUCGUAAAUUCCUUCAGAUGGAAAUUGUUUUCUGACAUAAUUUUUUAGAAAAACUAUGGAAAAAAGUGUUUUAAGUAAGAAAAUAAAAGUCCUGAUAUUAAAAAUG